AUGAGACUUCCCCGACGAACACCCUUUGCUUCUCUCGCAGAACUAGAUGGACUCUGCUCUUGGAUUUUCGCUGAUGAAAAUGACUGGCAAGCACGAACGCUUGCUCUCAACAGACUUGCAGCUUGGAAAGCUAUAACUACCCUUCCACAUGCCCUGGAAUCCACACACGCUAUUCUAUCCAUCCUCGUGCAAGAUUACAGCGACCCAUCGCGAUCCCAAGGUGGACUUUCCGCACAGUCAUCCCUCCCACUGCGCCAGAGUUACGCCACCUCCAUUAUUCGACUAGUCAACGGUCUCGUCGAUCCUUUACAAGUCGGUGCAUAUGCCCGUUCUAUCGCUUCUAUCGCGGCGCAACUAGGUCUUCCAGCCUGGUUGGUCGAAUUGAGGCAUGCAGCUACACAUGAGGAUCUACCUAGUCUUGAGAUCCUGAGGGAGGCUGCGAAUCAGUCGAUGAACUGGCUUUUCCACCAUUACUUCCUCCCUACAUUAAACCCCACCCUCCCCGACCCAUCCACAUCGACCUCCUCUCAACCCACACUUCGGCCUCUGGAGCCUCUCCUAAAACAGUAUAAAACCCUUCUGAAAAUCGUCACCCGCGAUGCCUCGCUCAGAAUGCAAUAUCGGCCUGAAAUAGAAAAGGUAGAGAGGGAUAUGGAGAGAUGGGUGGCGGAGGCGGUAGUGGCUGCUGAUGUGGCGAGCGGAGAGUUCGCUUGGGGUCGGGAGGCUGGUGUGGAUGGGAACGGAGAAGAUGAGGCGGACGAUGUGGACAGUAAGGAGAGGUGGGCUUUGAAUAAGGUCUGUGAUGCGUUGCUGGAGAAGGGCAUGCUUGUUCCGUUGUCGAAGAAAAAACGCGCGACCCAAAAAUCACAGUUCCUCCCCUCGCCUUCAACGCUCGCGAUCUGGACACCACUCCUGACCCAUCUAACAACGCACCACCCAGCCCUUCCCUCUACCCUCAUAUAUCGCAUCAUCUCGCAACUCAUCCAGUCUACUCCUCCCUUGUCUCCCUCCUCGGCGCCAGCCCCAGUCGAGCGAGAUCCCUCAUACGACCUAUACCUAGCCAGUUGGGUCACCUGGCUCUGUAGUCCGGCCGCAGCCACGACCGCACACACCGUAAGGACCGGAAUUGACGUCGAGGAUGAACGCGAGAUCGUAGCACAGCGGAGAGAAGAUGCGUUCGUGAUGCUGGUCAGUGGAUCAGGCCCCGGAGCGGUCUCCAAUGAUUUCAAGACUCCCAGCGGUGACCCGGCUCAUGUCCUGCUCAAAGCAUUGUGCACCUCUGAUGCCGGGCUCGCGGAUAUACUCGAGCAAAUCACCGCCGCUCCCGUGGAAGCACCAUCGCUUUUCGCGCCUGACUUUACUCAGUCUUGGACAGAAGACGCCAUGACCGUGAUGGACGAUCGACUACGAUCUAUCCUCUCGUCGUCUUCGCCCUCUCCCUACGGACUAACCGAGUCCCGGGAGCCCGACGAGCCCAUGGCCGGCAUAGAAACAGUUUCAACAAAAGAAAGUCACGCAGGACCGGCAUCAGGGUUGGAGCUACCGAGGGGGUGGAGCCUGAUGGAUGAAAGGCGAUGGAGGGCUUGUCCGAUAGGGGUGUUUGUCUCUUACGAGUGAAUGCGAACAGCAGACUUUG